AUGAAACGAAAGAAAUCAUUCCUGAUAUUUUUUCUGUUUUAUUUGUUUACUUCUCUGAUACAAAAUGGAAAUUCAAAAAAUUCAAAAUCAGGUUCAGGCCGAAAAAGUUUUGGGCGAAAUAGUUCAAAAAUUAGUUCAAUCUCUGGAGAAUCAACCCCAAAUUAUGACCAUUUUGAAUAUGGAAGUGACAAAAUUGUUGCUGAAGAAUAUGUUCAGAAAUUGGUCGGGACUAACCAAUAUUUCUUGCCUGAGCCGAUUGAUGCUGAUAUUUUCUGCUACGAAGAUAUAAAUGAAGAUAAAUCAAUGAAAAAACAAAACGACGAAAAAGAAGCAGUUGGAGAAGAAAGAGCUGGAGAAGCAGAAGUUGGAGAAGAAGCAGUUGGAGAAGCUAAACUGUAGCAAAAAUGUUCGAAUAUAUUUAUUUAAAAAUUGAUAAAGUUGGGGUUCGAAAGAAACUUGAGAAAGUGCUUUUUCCUGCCGAUAAAUGUAAUAUAGGCUUCCCAUUAC